AUGUUAGAACUAGUACACAACGACUGGUUCUGUUUACCGCCAUCUACAUUAUUUACUACGUCAGUUUUUUCACAGAACCGUCGUUUAUAUUUUAAUACCACAACGGUUGGGAUGGAUUUCUCAAAGCUUGACUUGCCACCUCCUCUAUUUGUUGGCUGCGCAAAUCUCACGGCCUGGUGCUCCAGGCCGAGGGGAUGUGCGUUAACACGUGACGUCCUUCUUUUGGGUGCGGUGCGGUUGUGCGCGGGCGUGCCAGCACGGUCUACCGUGCGUCGAGAUGGUGAUGAGGUUUGGGUAGAAGAUGGUUAA